CUUUUGGUUCGGAAAGGAGGAAGCCGCUUCCCUUUGUUUCUGGUUUUGCACCAAAACGACUCGUGGGCUCUCUCCCCGACAGGCCGAGGAGGCUGCGUACCCCCCCCCUCCGAGGAAAAUGGGCUCCAAACAGAUCGCCCAGGAAACCUUUGACGAUGCGGUGCAAGAAAACAUUACAGAAUUUGAAAUGGAUCCCGAAGAGGCUGUGAGAGAAGCUGUGCAGCAGUUUGAGUCCCAAGGUGUUGACCUAAGCAAUAUUGUGAAAGCUGUGCGGCAGCCUGCCUCUGAAAAUGGCCAAAAGCAAAAGCAUGAAAUUUUGCUGAUUUUAGAUGCCCUUGGGAAAGCCGUUGCUGACUCUGACCUUGCUGAGGUGGCCGAGCAGCUGGUGGUCUUCGCCGAUCAGUGCAAAGAACAACUGGCUUUCCGCUACCUGGCUGGGCAGAAUGGCGCCUAUUCCGUGGUGUUCUCUGCCUGCCAGUUGGCUUCGGGAGACAGAAAUUUAAUGCUGAAAGCCUUUUCUACUCUGUCUGCCCUCUUGGACGGGCAACCAGACCUGCUUGACUCCGCUGGCCAGGAUCUACUGCUCCAAACUCUGAAGGAGCAUAGGGAGGAUGGGGAGAUGACGCUGGCCGGGAUGCGGUGCAUUCGCCACGCCUGCCUGAAACACGAGCAGAACAGGCAGGACUUUGUGAAAGGAGGGGUUCUGCCCCUUCUCACCGGAGCCAUCGUCCAGCACGGAGGCAGCGCCGACGUCGUGCGAACGGCCUCCUCGGCGCUCAGGGUCAUGACGUUCGACGAUGACAUCCGUGUGCCCUUCGGCCACGCUCACGACCAUGCUAAAAUGAUUGUGCUGGAAAACGACGGGUUGAGAGUCCUCAUCGAAGCUGCAAAAGCGUUCACGGCUAACUCCAGUGUUCUCAGUGAACUGUGUGCCACCCUUUCUCGCCUCUCUGUCAGGAACGAAUUCUGCCAAGAAAUUGUGGACCUUGGAGGCUUAAACUUUAUGGUGACUCUGCUGGCUGACUGCAUCGACCACCCGGACGUGGUGAAGCAGGUGCUGAGUGCCAUCCGAGCGGUUGCGGGUAAUGACGACGUGAAAGAUGCCAUCGUUAACGCUGGGGGAACGGACCUCAUCGUGCUCGCCAUCAGCCACCACCUUUCCAACCCUCAGAUCUGUGAGCAAGGCUGUGCUGCCUUGUGCAUGUUGGCUCUGCGCAAACCGGAGAACUGUAACGUCAUCAUGGAAGGCGGAGGGGCGUUGGCAGCUCUGCAGGCCAUGAAAGCACACCCACGAGAAGUGGCUGUUCAGAAACAGGCCUGCAUGUUGAUCCGCAACCUGGUCUCCCGGAGCCGGGACUUUUCUCAGCCCAUCUUAGAGAUGGGAGCUGAGAACCUGAUCACAGAAGCUCGGGCAGCUCACAGGGACUGCGACGACGUGGCCAAAGCCGCUCUGAGGGAUCUGGGCUGCAAAGUGGAGCUCCGAGAGCUGUGGACGGGUCAGAAGGGGAGCCUGGCUCAGUGAAACGUCACCCCUGCUGAGCAGUGGAAGCUUCAGUUCCUCAUCCUCAAGGCCGGGGGGGAAAAACGAAGCGGCGUGGAUUAAUUUGCAGUUACAUCCAGCUGGACUGUCUGAAGCAAAUGCCUGGCUUGUGAGGCUGCGGUGAACUUUUGAUCAGGAGCUACAGCUGAAAUGGCUUUACGCGCUCACGGGCUGCAGAUGGGCUCCGUGCAGUAAUCAUUCCCUGCCUCAUCUAAUGCCUGGAGAUGAUCUGCUCUCCCCCCCUCCUUGCCCCCGUGUUGUGUUGUGUGUUAACUCGUGUACAGAGCGGGGCAAAAGUGGAUCUUUUCUGGUAGGA